UUUCGCCCGAGAAAUUAUGACGCCUUGCCCACAGGUUUCUUCCGCCGAGGCAUCAUGACAGCAGGCACUGCUCAAAUCCGCAGGCCUCGAAGUGCUGGGCACCAGAGCACCAGAGCGUGUGGUACUGUGGUGCUCCAGGAGAGCUCCGGAGGUCGUCAUCGUCAAUCCUUCUCCCGGGAGGGCGGCGCCGCGGGACCGGACGUCCCACCGGGCGUGGGAUGCUUCCGCGCAAAGACUGCGCUGGCGCCUCCUGAAAAUUGCGCACAUAAACCCCUGGCGCGCGCGUGCGCGUCAACCGUGCGGCCGUCGCAAGAAAACUCAUCCGCAGGGGAACCGACGGGGAGGGAGGCACACGCCCCGCACGUCCCCGGAGAAGAUAUUCGAGGCCGACGCCGCGGCCACGCCCUGGGAGCAGGAGGAGGCGGCAACAGGAGAGCAAGACAGAUCGCCGUGACCGCCAACGAGGAGAAGGGCGAGGAGGGGGGCGUGGAGCGACGACAUCGCGCUCGCAGAGGGCCGAGGCGGCACCUCCCGCGCGCCCUCGCAAAAAAAAAGCGCAGUUCGCGCGCGCGCCCCAGCGGCGCGCAGAGAGAGGGGGGGGGGAAGCCAGGGCUCCGAGGCCAGGCCCCCCUCGCGGGCAGGCAGCGGGUCCUGAGGGCCGGCCGCCCCUGCUCGUGCUUCCUAACCUCCGCCUCGACUUUCCCUCGCGACGACGAAGGGGGCCUGGCCCCGCCCCGCUCGAGAGGCGAGGCCUCGGUCGGGUCCCGGGCGCGUGCGCUCUUACGCGCACGCGCGCCGUGCAGCGGGGGGAAGAGGCGCGCCCGGCCGGUCAGCACCGCUCCGAGCGCGCGCCCCGCGGCGAGACCGCGAGAGCCGCCGGCGUGCACAUUUGUGUAUAGCUGGCGCGCGAGAGCCGGGCUAGUCUGUGCCAAGCAAGAGGCCAGAAAACAUCGCGGCACGAAGCUGCGCUCCUUCUCCCUUCGGGACUGAAGAUCUCUGGAGAGUCGCGCGAUCCGUUCGAGCCCUGCCCAAGCGGGCGGGCGCACAGAACAGCAAGAAAGAGCAAGGAUGGGCUCGCGGAGGAGAAAAAGAGAGAAAGAGGGAGGAGGAGAUACAGAUCGCCCCAGAGGCAGGAGCACUCGGCAGAGGAUGCGUGCAAGAGCGGGCGUGUGCUGGUCCCGAGACCGCAGAAACGGCAGCGGUGCUCUCCGCGGGGCAGAAAACUCGCAGGGGCAGUGGCGGCCCUGUGGCGGCCGCCGGGGCGCCUCCCUCGGCUGAACUGCUGCAGCCUGCCCACACCAGACCUGCAGAGCCUCAGCUCUGGUGCGCGCGGGGGAAACAAUUAGUUGGGACGGAGCAGGCUCGUCCGCCGCGGCACCCCCAGGCCGCCGAUCGCCGUCUCCCGAGAGGCUGGGGAACAGCACCUGCAUGGGCGGAGCUUGGCAAGUAUGCCUGCUGAGGGAAGAGGGGGGUGAUACAACCUCGAGUCCAACCCAGCGGCUGAGACGGCGCAUGUCUGGAGAAGCGCCC